AUGCAUGCUCUAUUGCGACUGCCGAUGACCCUACGGCAGGUCGCCUCGGACCUGCUGUUGACGCGAACUUUAACCGCCGACGACGCAAGGGGAUUAUUAGCAGACGACAGCGCCACUCAACAUUUGAGAACCAGACCGGUCUCGCGUCAAGGACGUCGACUCUGGAAAUUGAUGGGUAUCAUCGGUCUCCUCAUUUCUUGCGGAGGGCUGCUCUUUUCGAAGCGGCCGGCUGCAAAUUACAAUCCUUCAACACCACACGAAGACCACAUUCUGCACGUCUUACUCCCAACACGCUUGCAUCAAUUGGAAACAUGCAGGACCAUACUCAGUGGAGCGGCGCUCAACUAUCCGAACCCAUGGGCUAUCAGCUGGAUUGCAGAUGUCGAUGCCGAUGGCAAGGACAUUGGUGGCGACUUGGCAAAGCUCGAAAGUAUAUUGGCAUUUCUAGAGUAUCAGGAGCCAGUGCGGAAUGAUGAUAUUGUGAUUGUGCUCGCAAAUCCAAGGUCUUGGUUUCAAGUACGGCCGGAGGUACUCUUGAAACGGUAUAGAAGCAUCCAACAAGAACGCCAACGGCAAAGUCUGCGUCAGAACGCAAGUCGCGAACUAUACGAGCUGCAGCAUGUCAAGUCGAAGAUCGUCCUCUCUGUGGAAAAGAAGUGCUUGUCAAAGGAGGGUGCUGAUUGUUUGCCGGUUCAAGCAGAAGACAACACACCGCGCUUCGUCAGUCAUAAUUUCGUUCUAGGACCAGUACAAGAGCUACGACUACUUUAUAGGGAUGCAGUAGCGGAGGCUAAAGGACUGGAAGAUCACCAUUCCUCAUUCGAUGAACAUAGCGUCUUCGCUAGGUUGUACAGUACCUUGCAACACGUCAACAGCGCCCCAAGAGACUACACUCUUGGAUUAGACCUUGUUGAUCGACUGAGCUUCGCAGCAAAUAGCGACGUAAGCUCUGCGAAACGGCUCACAGCAUCUUCCGAGGCAGACGUGAGCUUUUGGGCCCACAAAAGCACUUCAGGACUUACGGAAGAUAUUUCAAAGUCCGAGCCUCCUUUCCGGUCCUCCUUUGGUAUCUCGCGAAAAGGAUGGCGAGACGUUCCGCUCUUGACACCGAAGAAGGCCGCUACGGUUCCCGCCAUCGUACAACAUUCGUCUGCGUACGAUCCCAAUGCAUCGCAAGCGUGGUUUGAACAUCUCUGGUUUCAUCCGCAUGGACGGAAACUAGUACAAUCGUACCUAGCGAGUCCAAGGACUCCAUUGUCCAGCUUUGUCGACUCGGACGGGAUUCAGCAACGAUUCUACGGCUCUCAUACCGGAGGAGUUGCGGCCGUAGCGGCCGACAGCGAGUUGCAUCCAUGGAGCGAAAUCUGCGAGGCAAAGGAUUUUACCAGCAGCUUGUUCGCGGAUGGUACUGCCACAUGA